UUCAGCAUAUAAAAUAAAAAGUUCAUUGAUGUUCUCCUUUGGUUGGGUACCUUUGCUUUUCUCCUCGUUAGCCCAGAAAUCAAUUUACCAAAUUUCCAAAUUCAAAUAUAGACUUGAACACAAUCAGUUAAUUCUUUAAUCCCCUGGAGUUCGCCCAACAAACUUUCACUGUACAAUGGAAGAGGAUCUGGAGUUCCUUAUCAACGCCCUGUCGGUGCCAAAUACUCCAUUGACCGAGCCAUACGAUGAGGUACAGUUGCUGGAGAUGCGUGAGUCCUUCAAGACGCUGCAGAAACUCCUCAGGCGCAGUUCCUUGCCCGUGGAGGCGAGUCUGCGCUCCAUGCCGAGGUCAAAGGCUGGAGAACAUACAAACCGGUUCGAGGAAAGAGAUCUGUCCUCCGUGCUUGCACUUGUGGGCAACGAUUACGAGAGGGUCAGCGAUCGAAACAGUGGCAGCCAGGACUGGAAGUCGGCGGAAAGUGGAGCACGAACAUCACCCAUCAUUCUAGAGUGUGGGCUGAGGGAUCGCAACAGUUCCUCGAGCGGCAGCGAGUGUCCCGAUGUUGGAGACAUGGCGCUGGUGCCCUACGAGGAACUCUGCAACGAGCGAAGCAGCUCGGAAACCACGGUAACCGGCCAGUCCUAUUCAUCGUCGGGCAUCUCCAUCAGCAUUCCCGUCAACUUGGUCUGGAACAACAGGGAGUACCAAGAGUCGCAGAGCACGGACAGUGAAACCACACUAAAGGCGGACGGUCGCCGGUAUUCAGUCCUGAAUUAGGGUCCCACAACUCCUGGUCAUUGAAAGUAGUCCCCGAAAUUCCAAAGACACAAACUGGAGCACGCCUUUAACCUUUGGGCAUGUGCAAAGAUUUAUUUAGGUUGUUUUCAUAAGCUUAGGUUUCAUAUAUAUUUUAGUAAAUGGUAAAUAAAAUGUAAAUGCUAACAAUGA